UACUAGCACCAUCUUUGGAAUUGCAUUUGAUUAUUAUGCUCUUGGAAAGGAGAAACAGGCAAGGCUAUGGUUUGAUAAAGUUUUGAAAGAGUUUGCUGAAUAUUUAAGAGGCAAAUUUGAAGAUAACGAGAUUUAUUGGAGAAAAGAGGCUUUAGAUUUGUUGGAAAGGUUUACUACUAAUGAUUUUUUAUGUGCAAAAUAUUUUGACCUGGUAUGA